CCUAGCAUUUCUGAGCAAUUUAGCUCACAUCAUAAUCUGCAACCAUGAAGUGGGUAACAUUAAUUUCAUUUAUUUUCCUCUUUAGUUCUGCUACAUCCAGGAAUCUGCAAAGAGUUGCUCGAGACGCAGAGCACAAGAGCGAGAUUGCCCAUCGCUACAAUGAUUUGAAGGAAGAGACAUUUAAGGCAGUUACCAUGAUCACAUUUGCCCAGUAUCUCCAGAGAUGUUCUUAUGACGGACUGUCUAAGCUGGUGAAGGAUGUUGUUGAUCUGGCUCAGAAGUGUGUGGCCAAUGAGGAUGCUCCUGAGUGCACAAAACCACUGCCCUCCAUUUUCCUGGAUGAAAUCUGCCAAGUAGAAAAGCUCCGUGACUCAUACGGUGCAAUGGCUGACUGCUGUGCUAAAGAUGAUCCUGAAAGAAAUGAAUGUUUCCUGUCAUUUAAAAUUCCUCAACCAGACUUCGUUCAGCCCUACCAAAGACCAGGUUCUGAUGUGAUAUGCAAGGAGUACCAGGACAACCGGGUGCCAUUGCUGGGACAUUUCAUCUACACUGUUGCAAGAAGAAACCCAUUCUUGUAUGCCCCGACAAUCCUCAGUUUGGCUGCUGAUUAUGAACAUGCACUUCAAACCUGUUGCAAAGAGAGCGAUGUCGGUACUUGCUUGGAUGAAAAGGCAGCCGCCAUAAAAGAAAGAGCCAAGAAAGUAAGCGUGAAGCAGCAGUAUUCUUGUGGAAUCCUCCAGAAGUUUGGCGAGAGAACUUUCAAAGCAGAUAAACUUGUUAUCCUGAGCCAGAAAUAUCCCAAGGCUCCAUUCUCAGAAAUUAUUAAAAUUCUACAGGACAUUAAGGGUAUCUACAAAGAGUGCUGUGAAGGGGACAUGGUAGAGUGCAUGGAUGACAGGGCAGAGCUUAUGACCUACAUAUGCUCUAAACAAGAUGUUUUCUCAAGUAAAAUCAAAGAAUGCUGUGAGAAGCCAGUUGUGGAACGAAGCCAGUGCAUUAUUGAAUCAGAUUUUGAUGACAAACCUGAAGAUCUUCCUUCACUAGUUGAAAAAUACAUACAAGAUAAGGAAGUUUGCAAAAGCUUUGAGGCAGGCCAUGACGAAUUCUUGUCAGAGUUUAUUUAUGAAUACUCAAGAAGACACCCUGAGUUCUCCACACAGCUGAUUCUGAGAAUUACUAAGGGAUAUGAAGCACUCCUGGAAAAAUGCUGCAAAACAGACAACCCUGCUGAGUGCUACGGAAAUGCUCAAGAGGAACUGAACAAACAUAUCAAAGAAACUCAGGAUGUUGUCAAGACAAACUGUGAGCUUCUCACUAGCCAUGGCGAGCAAGACUUUCUGAAAGCGCUUCUGAUCCGCUACACUAAGAAAAUGCCUCAGGUAUCAACUGAUACCUUGAUUGAAAUUGGAAAGAAAAUGACAGCCGUUGGUAACAAGUGCUGCCACCUUCCUGAAGACAGGCGCUUACCUUGUUCUGAGGGAUACCUGAGCAUUGUGAUUCAGGAUAUGUGCAGGAGGCAGGAGACCACACCUAUAAAUGACAAUGUUUCACAUUGCUGCAGCGACUCCUAUGCUAACAGGAGGCCAUGUUUCACUGCCAUGGGAGUAGAUACCAAAUACGUGCCUCCAGCAUUCGACCCAGAGAUGUUCAGCUUUGAUGAAAAAUUGUGCACUGCUCCUCCUGCUGACCGUGAAUUGGGGCAGAUGAAAUUACUUGUCAACCUCAUUAAACGCAAGCCCCAGAUGACAGAAGAACAAAUCAAGACAAUUGCUGAGGGUUUCACUACCAUGGUAGACAAGUGCUGCAAGCAAUCAGAUGUUGAGACAUGCUUUGGCGAAGAGGUAUUUCCCAUCUCCUUUUAA